AUUGCGUCAUCGUCACGUGCGAUUUAUUGAGAUGAAAAACAAAAUUGAAAACCCCUUCGUCAAGUUUGUUCGGGUUCUAACUUAGCUUCCAAUUCUUACUGUUAUGGAUUCUUCUUCUUCGACCCAGGAGCAAUAUGUAACUGAGGUUACUGAGAAUUAUGAAACAAUAUGCUGGGGUUGUGGACUGCGUGUUUUGCUUCCAUCAUGUGCAUCUGCUUUCAAAUGUGGCUGGUGUGGGGCUAUUACAGAUCAGAACAAAAAGAAACGUGACCAGAGGUGCAUCAGGUGGAGAGUAGUGCGUGAUCGAUGCUUUGUUUCUGUUGUCCUCGUAUUUAUAUUUUUUGUAAUAUUUGGUGGGGUUUGGGCAGUUUAUCCUGUUGUCUUUUCUAUCAGUAUUCUUUGUGGAGUUUUUCACUCAAUCGUUACAGCAGCACUGUCCAUUGCCACCGUUUCCUUUUUCAGCUUUUCAGCAUUUAGGUGUGCUGGCGCACCAGCAAAUGUGUUAUGGGGAAGCUACCCUGCUGUAGGGAAAGGUGACCUUGAAAAUUAUACUUUUUGUCACUACUGCUCGAAACCAAAGUCACCUAGAGCUCAUCAUUGUCGUUCUUGUAGAAAAUGCAUCCUGGACAUGGAUCAUCACUGCCCAUUUAUUGGGAACUGUGUUGGUGCAGCUAAUCACCGGAGCUUCAUUGGCUUUCUGAUUUCUGCAGUGUUGAGUACAAUCUAUGUCUCUAUCAUGUCUGUAUAUGCAGGCUCGCAUCUGUGGCCACCGUUGAAAUACUCCCUUAGGCACAUAGACGGGGUUAGUGGAACCUAUCUGGCAUGGAGAAUUUUGAAUGAAAUUGUUGUUGCAUUCCUGAGAUCUGCCCUGCUUCUUUCCUCUAGAGGACUCAUUCUUGCUUAUCUGUUCAUUGCAAGUGUUUCGUUGCAGAUAGGAUUGACCGUUCUUUUGUGGCAGCAGCUCUCCUAUAUAUACGAGGGGAAAACUUAUUUGAGUCACUUGAGUCCACAAGCAGAUAAUGAAGAAGAGAAGAAAGAUUGUCAAAACCUUGUUAGAUUUUUUGGUUUUCAAUAUUCUGUAACGAGAUUUUUGCCAAACUUCCGUGUUACUCGAAAGAGACACGUCAAAUGAAAACAUCUGUUUUAGGCAAUGGCAUUGACACACUUUCACAAUCUGUAUCAGUAUAAUUGGAUUCUUUUCAGAAAAAGAUCACAUGUAUAUAACGUGGAUGAGCAUAAAUUCUUUUCAUGAUGGCCUGACUCUUAUGUGUUGGUGAAUUAGUUUCCAAUUGUGUUUUAGUAUUGCCCUGAAUAUUGUAUGGCAAAUUUUAGGGGCACAAUAUUCAUUGUGUUUGUGUCUAAAAUCAAUUGGGGUUGUGU